CAUAAACGGACGUUAUUAUUCUGAUUAUUGCCGCUGAAUCGUGACGCUCGAAUGAUGACCCUAAAGUUGUUGUUGUGCGUAAUAUUAGUCUCGAUCUGCAGUGUAUUUAAAGUUAGUUGUGGAAGAUACGAUCCAACUUGGUGGAGUUUGGACACUCGCCCUUUACCCAUUUGGUAUGAUAGGGCUAAAAUAGGUAUUUUCGUUCACUGGGGCGUGUUCUCAGUGCCUAGUGUUUAUUCGGAAUGGUUUUGGGCCGACUGGAAAUCUGAUGAAGAUGUUGACAUCAAGGAAUACAUGCAGAAAAAUUUUCCACCCAACUUCACUUACCAAGAGUUUGCAAAGGAUUUUACCGCAGAAUUUUUCAAUGCCACCCAGUGGGCGGAUCUCUUUGCUAGAGCUGGUGCUAAGUAUGUAGUGCUGACAAGUAAACACCAUGAAGGUUUUACACUUUGGCCAUCCAAGUACUCAUUCGGUUGGAAUGCUCAAGAUAUAGGACCGCAUAGAGAUAUUGUUGACGAGCUUGGUACUGCUGUGAGAGACGCCAAUAUGACAUUUGGUCUUUACCAUUCUUUGUACGAGUGGUUUAAUCCAUUGUAUUUAGCGGAUAAAGCGAAUAAUUAUACAACUCAGGAUUUUGUAAUGAACAAGAUCCUACCUGAAAUGCGUGAAUUAGUAGAGAAUUACAAACCGUCAGUUCUAUGGUCCGAUGGAGAUUGGGAAGCAAACGAAACAUAUUGGAAUUCUACAGAAUUUAUAGCUUGGUUAUACAACGACAGUCCAGUACAAGAAGAAAUAGUUGUUAAUGAUAGAUGGGGAUCGUCAAUUCCUUGUCACCAUGGAGAUUUCUACACGUGCUCUGACAGAUAUGAUCCAGGUAUACUACAAAAUCAUAAAUGGGAAAAUGCAAUGACAAUCGAUAAGAAAUCAUGGGGAUUUAGAAGAAAUGCAGUGUUGGAUGAUUACUUAACACCCACGGAACUAAUAACAACUUUGGCACGAACAGUGAGUUGUGGAGGUAAUUUAUUGAUUAACGUUGGACCUACAAAAGAAGGAAUAAUAAAUCCAAUAUUUGAAGAAAGAUUAACACAGCUGGGCGAUUGGUUAUCUAUAAACGGAGAAGCUAUCUAUGAAACCGUUCCAUGGUUGGUUCAAAAUGAUACUUACAAUGGAAACGUAUGGUACACAAGCUCGCCUUCUUAUGGAGGAAACUACCUCUACGCUAUUAUUCUAGAAUGGCCCAGAAAUGAUAUUCUGACUUUACAAUCGCCCAGACAAAUAUUUGAGAUGUCUGUCAAUUCAGUGGCGAAAUUAUUGGGAAAUGGCGAUACAAAAUUAAAAUGGGCCUUGACAAAAGAUCACGUUGAAAUCAGAUUACCUAGUAAAGCGACGGUGCAGAACCCAAUAGCUUGGGUUCUAAAAAUUAUUCCUGGAUAACAGUGUAUAGAUACUGUAUAUUGUAGACUUAGGUAUUUAGAUAUUUUUUUAAAUAUGCCUUACGAUUAUUUUAUGCUCACAAAUCAUUAUAGUAUAAAAUAAAUUUUGUAAAUUUCCUGAAUUGGAAUAAUUAGACAUAACUGUUAAAAAUC